AAUCGCAAACGGUUGCUUCCCAAUAACAUUCAGUGUAAGGAAGAUUUUUAAACUGCUAAUUAUUGAGCGUUGGGAUAGGAUGCCGUCUGGUGCAAAGGUGGUCAAAUGAAAACGGAUUAUAUUUCUUAUAACAUAGCAAAUUGCUGUUUUGUGAACACUGGAAUGUUUGUGUUGUUUUAAUACGGUCUUAGAUGAUCCCCAUAAAAGACUAAGUUUUAACACAUGUAAAAUAUUCAAAAUUAGUUUUUUUUUCUUGCCAUGUUUCUUCAGUUUUAACCGAUUUGAUUUGAUUAAACCACAAGAGCAUCUACUGUGGGCGUGUGAGCUGUAUGAACCAAUUCAAUAUUUCGGUUCUGACACGUGCAGCCUAAUUGCGCCAUGCUGAACCGGUACUCCCUUCAAACUGCACUUAGUUAAAAGUAAACAAUUUAAUGAAAUGCGGUAAAUUUUCUAGGUAUUUUGUUCACCUCAAACUCAAAAGUCGUAUUCUGGUUCACUUGUAUUUAGGUUUAUCUUUCUGUCUACGGCUAUUUUCAGUCAGCUGCCGAUAAAACGAAUGCUGAAUGCUUAACUAACACAAGGUUCAACCACGCGGAACUAUAAUAGUGCUGAAACGCAGGAUAUCAUUUCACGUUACUUGGUGCGAUGACAUGGAACGGAAUAGCCCAACAUUCAUCAUCAUCAGACCGCAAGGCUCCAAUGGGUUUUUAAAAGGGAUCAUUUCGGAACAUUUUAAUCUGAAGAAUAUUUUCAGGAUUGAAUACUUAAAUAUGUAAGUCUAUGUGCGGUUAACUUGAAAGGAACACCCAUUCAUCCUUGAAAAGACAGCAUUUAUUGAAAAGACGGCAUACUUUCGCCCUUUAUAAUGAAGAAUCAAUUUGCUCAUAUAGGGGCCCCCUGUACGCUAAGAAGAAUAAAUCGAUGUUCCCGACUAACGAAUAAAAACUAAACUGAUACCGACAGCUCACGAAACGCAUGCAAAGGUAAAUCCCACAAAUUCCCUUAUGCUGGUGGAUAAUAAACCGAACAAUAAAAACUCUUCAAAUGUGAAAUUAGCUAUUUCGUGUUUUAUCAUUUCACAGGCUGCUCUUUUGAGGUUCUUACGCCGUUGCUGUUCGAAAAGCUUUUUUGUUUUGUGCUAUGGGAGCGUAAGAUAGCAUUACUAAGAUAUUAAUCAUCAGCUGAUUCCGCCCACUUCUACUCUACCCCGGCCACCCCCCUCCUUUUUUGUGUCCUGGAGAUAGCAGCAGGUAUAAAAGCCCUCCAGGGCUGAGCAGAAGAAACAUAGGCUGCAGUUUGAAUGCUAGGCGUAAAUAAAACAAAAGCAAAAGACAACCAAGACUUCGCCAACUGAAAAACCAAACCUCUUGGAAGCAAUAGAUCCCGGGGCAGCAGAGAACACCGGCUGUUUCACCGACCACCUGUAACGGCAACCCCUCCAAAAAUGGCUGUUGUCCUGAAACCCUGGAGCGUCCUCAUGGCCCUCGUCUUCUGCGUGCUGGUGUGUCUCGGCACCUUCGUGGAAGCCUACCCACCCAAGCCGGAGAACCCUGGGGAGGACGCGGCGCCCGAAGAAAUGGCCAAAUACUACUCUGCUCUCAGACAUUACAUCAACCUCAUUACGAGACAGAGGUACGGCAAGAGGUCCACCCCCGAGGGCGUGAUGGCGGAGCUGCUGUUCGGAGACGAGUCAGAGCACAGCCAGCGAUCACGAUCCGACGACUCAUACAUGUGGUGAUUCCCGGCCCGCCCCCCUCCCUCCCCGGCGUCCCACUCGUUGUGUCCGCUCUGCUUGAGGGAGCCAUCUGGUGGAUCAAGCAGCAGUUCCCAGACGACCCCUGACCGUCACCGGACUGUGGCCUGUCACUCGACGCAUGCGAUUUGUCUCUGUCCUCGCACCUCUUCUCUCGUUCCAUCCUGCUUCUGUCAUAUCAAGACAAUUGUACAUAAUUUAUUAUUAACAUAAUAGAAUAAAUUAAAAAGAAGUAAAUCUUGUCAUAAAUGCUAUAUCUUACAGAGAAUUUUCUUUUUGUUUGUAUUGGACAAAUGCUUAUGUGCAAUUAAAGUUUGAUGGAUGAUUCAUUUGA